AUGCCCAAGCUGCCCUCGUUAGUCCCGGCGGCCGUCGCCCUGCCGCUGUCCCGCGGUACAGAGUUGGUAAGAGGUGCCGUCGGUAGUUUGACCUGGGGUCCGGCUCUGUCCGUAGCCAAGCCUGCGAUCCUCUCCGUCUUCUCCAAGAUCGAGCGCGGUACGCUUCUCCUAGUUGACGAGCCUGCCGAGAUCAGGCAGGUGUUUGGUCAGAAACUGGGCGCAAAGUAUAACGAGAACCUCACGAACGGUGAACACGUUCCCCGCCGCGCAGAUGCUGUCCCUCGGGUCGAGCUGGUUGUAAAAAGUGAGGCGUUCUGGAUGCGUCUGUUCUUGUUCGCCGACAUGGGGUUUGCCGAGUCGUACAUGCUCGGUGAGAUCGAGUGCAAAGAUUUGACUGCCUUCUUCCAGCUCUUCAUUGUCAACCGUGAGGAAAUGGGCAAUGGGACAACAUGGUUUUCAAGCUUAUCCACCGCGAUCUCGAGCCUGGCACGAACCACCAACACCCUCUCGAACGCGCUCCUCAACAUUUCGGCGCAUUACGACAUUAGCAACGACAUGUUUGCUGCAUUCUUGUCUCCAGACAUGACCUAUUCGUGCCCAAUUUGGAGGACGCAUCCCGAUCCGAGCGAGCCAGAAGAGACAUUGGAAGAGGCGCAAAUGACGAAGCUGCAUCGCUUUAUUGACGGCGCCCGCAUAAAGUCAUCGGACCAUGUGUUGGAAAUCGGCACUGGUUGGGGCUCCUUUGCGAUUGAGGCGGUGAGGAAGACUGGCUGCCGAGUGACAAGCCUGACGCUCUCCAAGGAACAAAAGGCGCUUGCGGAAGAGCGCAUACAAGCAGCAGGCUUCUCCGAUCGCAUCGACGUCCGUUUGACGGACUAUCGAGCCUUGGAAACCCCGGAAAACCCUUUUGACAAGAUUGUGUCGAUCGAAAUGCUGGAAGCUGUCGGCCAGGAGUUCCUCGGGACGUACUUCGCUUGUAUGGACAGAUUGCUGAAGAAGGACGGAGGCAUUGCCGUCUUCCAGUGCAUCACCAUGCCCGAAGGCCGUCACGAGGCGUAUUCCAAAGGAGAAGAUUUCAUCAACCAUUACAUCUUCCCCGGAGGAUACCUCCCAUCGAUCACUCAGCUCCUGAACCACAUCAGCAAAGAGUCGAGAGGAACUUUAAUCGUUGAAAAUGUCGAAAACAUUGGAGGUCAUUAUUCUAAGACCCUGAGAUUGUGGAAAGAGGAGUUCAUGCGAAACUUCGACUCGAAGAUUCGACCGGCGUUGAAACGGGAACACGAAAAUAUGAGUGAAGAAGAGAUAGAUGUAUUCAGAAGGAAGUGGGAGUAUUACUUCACAUACUGUGAAGCCGGGUUCCUAACGAAGACGCUGGGUGACGUUAUAAUAACCGUGGGCCGAGAAGGUGCUCUAGAGUUGAUGGAAGGCAUUCCGCUAUGA